AAGUUAGUGAGUGUGGUAAGCCUGGCAGGUGGUGGUGGUGUUGUUUAUGUUGUGUUGAGCGGCGGCGGCGGCGGCGUCGGCAACACUCACUUCCACACAACCACAUCUCUUGGUGUUGCACCUCGCUCCAGUGACAUUUUCUACCCAGGUCUGGCUAUUAUAUCCCCGUUGUGUUGCUGGAAGUGACAGUGGACAGGGCGUGAGUUGUGGUAGGUGUUAAUAGCAAGAGCAGCGUCUCCGGAGCCACCAUGACUAUGGCCUACCCCAAUCAACCUCCUCAACGAGGUAGACCUCCACCCAAUUCUGCUCAGAUACAGAAGAUGCUGGAUGAGAAUUCGCAGUUGAUCAAGACCAUUACUGAUUAUCAGAACCAGGGAAAGCCUCAAGAAUGUUUCCAGUACCAGCAGUCUCUUCAUCGAAAUCUAAUGUAUUUGGCAUCUAUGGCAGACACAUCACAAAAUAUGGCUCAACUUUUACCAAAAAUGGCUACAAAGAUGAACAAAUUUUUCAAGUAGCUGAAGUGGAUUUGUAUUGGAAGAAGAUGCUGUUACAAAAUGUCUCGCUGCAUUGUUCCACUGAUUUUGCCGGUUUUGAAUCCCAUGUUGAAACUUUGAACACAUUAUGUAGUGUGGGAUAAAUCAUCUCAGAUUAGAAGAAAAACAACAUGCAAACUAUGUUGUUCAACUAGUUUUUCAAAAUAAAAAUUAUUUUUUUCAUUACUAUAUGUAUGGUAUAUUGUUUAUUUACAACUAUAAUAAAAAUCUUUAUUACUACUAAU